CCAUUUUUGUCAUCCUGUUGUAGAGUUGGCAGAAUGACAGGAAUGGAGACUGAAACGGCAAGAAACAAAGCUGUGGAGGAAGGAAGCACUGAACAGAAGAAAGAGAGAGAAAAAAGGAAGAGAUCAAGGGUUAAACAGGUGCUCGCAGAUAUAGCGAAACAAGUGGAUUUCUGGUUUGGGGAUGUCAAUCUCCACAAAGACAGGUUUCUCCGAGAGCAAAUAGAGAAGUCCAGAGAUGGCUAUGUCGACAUAUCACUUCUUGUUUCUUUCAACAAAAUGAAAAAGUUGACGACUGAUGGAAAAUUGAUAGCCCGAGCAGUUAAAAGUUCAUCUGUUGUAGAGUUGGAUUUAGAAGGAACAAGGAUUAGAAGACGCCAACCACUGGGUGAGCAACCGAAGGAUGUGGAUAGACGUACAGUCUAUGUGGAGCUGCUUCCCAAAAAUGUCAAUCACAGUUGGAUUGAGCGGGUGUUUGGGAAGUGUGGUAAUGUAGUUUAUGUCAGUAUACCCCGGUAUAAAACCAGUGGCGAUCCAAAGGGAUUUGCUUUUGUUGAAUUUGAAACUAAAGAGCAAGCGGAGAAAGCUAUUGAGUUUUUGAAUAACCCACCAGAAGAAGCGCCUCGGAAACCCGGGAUUUUCCCCAAAACAGUAAAGAAUAAGCCUGUUCCUGCAUUGAAUGCAAGUAACAACAGCGUAGUAGAAGAGAAGAAAAAGAAGAAGAAAAAGAAAUCCAAAAUCAAGAAAGAGAGCAAUGUGCAGGCUGCUGUAGAGACAAAGGAAUCGAACACGAAUGCCGCAACAGAGCAAGUACCAAAGUCAAAAAGACACAGAACUUCAUCCGAGUGUUCAGAAGGGGAGGUGACUGAGACUCAGAGGCAGCCCUCAAAGAGAGAGAAAAGAAAAUGGGACAGAACAGAAAACUCUGAGGCACCUUGGGAAAGCAGGCCAGGGAAGAGAAAAAGAACCAGUUCUGGAGGUUGUGAGACCUCAACUCCAAUAGUGAAGAAAACUGUCCAAAAGGAUGAAGUUGUUCCUGUAAAGGAAAAAACAACAGAAGCUACAAAAAACUCCAAUGAUGUUUCUGCAGAAGAUGACAAAGAUAAAAAAGACACAUCCCUAUCAAAAUCUAAAAGGAAACACAAGAAAAAGCACAAAGAAAGACACAAAAUGGGUGAAGAGGUCAUUCCACUCAGAGUGCUCUCCAAGACAGAAUGGAUGGAUUUGAAGCAAGAAUAUUUGGCCCUUCAAAAAGCCAGCAUGGCCUCAUUAAAGAAAAUGAUGUCUCAAAUCAAACCUGAGCCUGUGGGAGAGAUGGAAGGAGAAUGUUGUGCCCAGAAAAAGCCCCAGUCUGAAAAUGGAAAAUCUGUCAGUGAAGACUCUGCCCCUUCUGCCAAGGCCAGCACAAUGGGACCUCAGUUCCUGAGUGGAGUAAUUGUGAAGAUCAUUAGCACUGAGCCCCUGCCAGGCAGGAAGCAGAUCAAGGAUGCUUUGGCAGCACUGGCUGAUGUUGCUUAUGUUGACAUGCUGGAGGGAGACACAGAAUGUCACGUCCGUUUUAAAACUCCUGCAGAUGCACAGGUUAUCAUGAAGUCAUACAAAGAAAUACAGAUCAAAAACAACUGGAAAUUUGAAGUUCUCACUGGUGAUCAUGAACAACGUUACUGGCAGAAGAUUCUAGUGGACAGACAAGCUAAACUUAACCAGCCUCGAGAAAAGAAGCGGGGUACUGAGAAGUUAAUUGCUAAAGCUGAAAGAAUGAGACUUGAAAAGACUCAACAAACAAGUAAACAUAUCCGCUUCACUGAAAAUAACUGACCAAGACUGAUUGUGCUGUUCAAAGUGACCUACUUAUUUAAAAACCCCGAAUUCCACAAGCCCCACUGCUUACAGCAACUAAACCUUUUCUAAGAAGGCAUAAAAACCUGAUCUGUUUGGUUAAUAAUUCUGCAGACUGCAAGUAUGAAGAUUAUUCUGAAUCCCAUUUGGAAGUAGGCUGAAUGUUUACUGCUUCUGAGCCUGUAGGUAAAGCUUCCUGGGGAAAAAACAAAUGUAUUAUGAGAUGUUGCUUUAGUUCACUUCUGGUUUUGGUUUUGGGGUGUUUUGGUUUUUGUUUUUUGGGUUUUGUGCUUUUUUUUGUUGUUGUUUGCUUUUUUUGUUGUAUGUUGAAGUUUUAUGCACUAGGUUAUGAAAUAAAAUGCUUGAGAAAUUUUCAGUUGUAUAUCUCGAAUUCUGCACUCCGCUUUAUGACACUAUAAGUAAUAAACGUGGUUAAUGCCAAAUAUAAA